AUGUCUGCCAAGCCAGAGCAGAAGGAGACCCUCCAGGCCAAUGGGACUGCGCUGCCCAUUGUGCCCACGGACUGCCUCGCCGCUCCGGACCGGGGGCAGCUGGUGGAGCCCUCCAAUUUCCUGGGACCUGAUGGUGAUGGGGUAGAAGUGGUGGUGCUGGAGUCCCGUGCCAAUGCCAAAGGGGUGCGAGAAGAAGAUGCCCUGCUGGAAAACGGCAGCCAGAGCAAUGAGAGCGAUGACACCAGCACAGACCGAGGUCCUGAGCCAGCCUCGCCCCUCAAGGAGACCUCCUUCUCCAUUGGACUGCAAGUCCUCUUUCCCUUCCUCCUGGCAGGUUUUGGGACAGUUGCUGCUGGAAUGGUGCUGGACAUUGUGCAGCACUGGGAUGUCUUCAAGUAUGUGACAGAGGUUUUUAUCUUAGUGCCUGCACUGCUGGGCCUGAAGGGGAACCUGGAGAUGACUCUGGCCUCUCGCCUGUCGACAGCUGCUAAUAUUGGCCAAAUGGAUACACCCAAAGAGCUCUGGAAGAUGAUAACAGGGAACAUGGCUCUGAUACAGGUUCAGGCUACUGUGGUUGGCUUCCUGGCUUCCAUUGCAGCAGUGGUGUUUGGCUGGAUCCCAGAUGGACACUUCAGCAUUGACCAUGCUGUCCUGCUUUGUGCCAGCAGCGUGGCCACUGCCUUCAUCGCUUCCCUGGUUCUGGGCAUGAUCAUGAUUGGGGUCAUCAUUGGAUCCAGGAAGAUGGGGAUCAACCCUGAUAACGUCGCCACACCCAUUGCUGCCAGCCUGGGGGAUCUGAUCACCCUGGCUCUGCUCUCAGGGAUCAGCUGGGGCUUGUACAAAGAGCUGGAGAGCAAAGCCUACGUGAACCCUCUGGUGUGUGCCUUCUUCAUAGCUCUGCUGCCCAUCUGGAUCAUCAUUGCCAAGAAGAAUGCAGCAACCAGGGAGGUGCUGUACUCUGGCUGGGAGCCAGUCAUCAUUGCCAUGGCUAUCAGCAGCGUUGGGGGCUUGAUCCUGGACAGAACAGUCUCAGAUCCAAACUUUGCUGGCAUGGCUGUCUUCACUCCAGUUAUUAAUGGUGUGGGUGGCAACCUGGUGGCAGUGCAGGCCAGUCGCAUCUCCACCUACCUGCACAUGAGUGGGAUGCCUGGAGACAGCUCUGAAGCAGCCCCUCGCAGGUGCCCCAGCCCCUGCAGCACGUUCUGCAGCUCAGAUGUGAAUUCCCGCUCUGCUCGUGUGCUCUUCCUCCUGGUGGUGCCUGGACACUUGGUUUUCCUUUACACCAUCAGCUCCAUGCAAGGAGGACACACUACACUCACCCUGAUUUUUAUAGUUUUCUACAUGACAGCUGCUCUUCUCCAGGUGCUCAUUCUUCUGUACAUUGCUGACUGGAUGGUGCACUGGAUGUGGGGCAGGGACCUCGAUCCUGACAACUUCUCCAUCCCAUACUUGACAGCUCUGGGGGACCUGAUUGGAACAGGUCUCCUGGCCCUCAGCUUUCACAUCCUGUGGCUCAUCGGGGACCGGGACUCCGAUGUGGGGGAUUAG